CAAGUGCCGUCGUUUGCUCCAACAAUAAAACGCGUUGGAGCCGUGUGUUUUGUAUGUUGUUAUACUAGAAAAAGUGAAAAGCUCGCUCGGAAACCAUGUAAAGACUUCACUUCACGUUAAGUAAUUUACGCGCCGCGGUUGUAAAUACAUAGAGGUUUUUAAUUCGUGUCAGAGUUCAAAGUUGCAAGUGAAAAACCCUACAUACCAUUCAUCAUAUUUAUAUGUGUGUGCGUGUAUAUGCAAGUGCAGCUGCCGUGUGUGAGUAAAUUUGUGUGUGUGUGUUGAAAACAGAAUUUUGGCAGCAGAAUCUUCAACACAGCAGCAGAACACGAAAUUGAAGUGCGUUUAAUACAUGAAUUUGCGAAAAACUUAAAUAGAAAACGGUGCAGCGCGCCAGCAGCAGCAGCAGCAGCGGCGGCCAGAGAUGACGUAAACGACAACAACAACAACUACAACAUAAAUAACAACAACAACAAAAAUAAAACUACAACGAGUCGAAAAACAUUAAUUUGAUCAACCCCUGCAUCGAGCAGUCUUUGGAAUUGUUUAACGCCCCGUAACGAAUAACGAAUUUUGAAAUUGUAUUCCAUAUCGAAGUCGGUUUUGGUCUAUAUAGAUUAUGAACCUAGCCAUUAUGAGGUCGUCGGUCUUAUCAGCGAAGUGCAAUCGAGGCGCAACGUGGCCAAUUUUAUUGCUCUGUUUGCUGCUGGCGGCGGCGGCGGCAAACGCUGAGCGGGACUUCAAUGUGAACGACUCUCAGGUGCCCGUCAUAGAGCCCAAAGAUGCGCCCGCCUACCAGCAGGAUCCAUAUGUGACAGAGCUAAUGCACUGCCAGCAGUCACAGCCGGAGAUUGUGCUCUCGCUGCUCCUGAGGAAGCACGACUGGAGCGAACUUAGCCUGGCCAAGCGUGCGCAUGUUCAAGCCAAAUUGGCCAAGUUCUUUGCCAUACCCAAGGAAUUCAUUACGUUGGAUUCGGUCUCGAAACGGGAACUGGGCAACAUGCACAAGCUGGCCAUGCGCAAGGGCGGCAAGGGCCAAAAGCAUGUGGAAACUGCGAAUCGUCGUUUGGGUCGCGCCAGUUUUAUGAUCGGCUGUGGCUCGAGUUACUUCAGCAUGGGUGAGCCAAUAGCCAAGCAGAUACCCCACCAAAUCAAGGAUGGCACCAUUGGCGCCCUAACGGAGGAGAACUUUGGCCUGUGGUUUAUAUGGCGCAAGGAAUUGAAGUCCAGAUCCCAACGAAAGCGACGUCAGUCGGAGGGCAGCGGCGACGAGGAUGACUACGACUAUGGCGAGGAUGACGAAGACCCGGCCGCUGAACUAGUCACGGUUGUGCCCACAUCGCAUGCGCAUCGACAUCACCAUGGCGCGUCGGAGCACGAGGAGAACCCGGGCAUGGCCAGCUCCUCGGCAUCCUCCUUGCCAGCUAGCAAAUUGGACGAGGAAAUCGAAGAAAGUGUCUCCAAAUUGGAGUCUGUCAUUAGCAAAACCAUUGAGAAUACCAAGAAUAUCAAGGAGCUGCCGGUGCUCAAUGUCGACGAUGAUGUCGAGGACGUUGAGGAUGUUGAGCUGCAGCAGCUGGGCCAGACGCCGCAGAGGCAACAGCUGGGCGUGCCCGCAGCGCCGGUGAUUGUGGAGAAUGAAAAUGGGCUCGGCAAUGAGCUGGAACUCAAAACGGGCCGCGAGCAACAGCAGCUGGAGCAGGAGCUGCAGCCAACCACAACAACAGCUGCGCCUGGCAGCAGCAGCAGUAGCUCCUCCAUGGCAACGGUAAACCUAGACGCAGAAGACAACAACAACAACAACAACCAGGUUGACACUGCGGCCGUCGCUGUUGAUGUAGCUGAGCACGCUGCAACGAGCACCUCACAUACGACCACGAACCACAACAACAACAACAACAAUUUAACACCUGCCACACCAGGCACACCUAUGCCAGCGUUUGUCCAUGCCCAAACCGAGUCUGAGUCAUUUUCACCAUACGAUGCCAGCUCCUCCAUGUCCCAUCCAAGCAUUUACUCCCCAUCCUCAUCCCCCGCGAUUGCAUCAACCAUCGAAACUGUCGAAUCGUCUGCCUCCUCCACCACCACCACCACCACCACCUCCACCAGCAGCAGCAGCAGCGGAAGUAAUCCUGUUCCUCCUGGCAUCACAUCCCCAGCCACAGCAUCAGCCUCCGCAUCAGCUUCAGCCUCAGCCGCUGGUCCACCAAGCACACCAAGUGUCGUAGACUUUGAUAUGGCUAACACUCUCACAACAACAACAGAAACUGCACCAUCAUCAUCUUCAACGUCAUUAUACCCAGCAACUUCAUCAUCAUCAUCACCAACAACAACAACAACAACAACAAUUGCAACUAUGCCAACAACAACAACAGCAACAACAACAACACAAUCACAAACGCCAAAGGCAGGAGAUGCUGUAGACGCCCUCGAAGCCGCCAGCAAUAGCAGCGUGCCCAAUCUGGCCAGCAAUGAGCUGGCAACGUCGGCGUCGACGACGACCCGACAGCCGCAGCUGGAGGUGAGCAGCAGCUCGACGGAUGCCUCCACGGAUUAUGUGGAGCUGCGGCAGGAGAAUAGCGUGCCCAUCAUUAAAAUGCGUCUGCAGAAGCUGGCUGUGCCGUCGGGCAAGUCGUUCAGUUUUGUUGUGCCCACGGAAACGUUUUUCGAUGCAGAGGAUCAAACCAAUCUGCGACUGGAGCUAACCGACAAGGAUGGCCACGAGCUAAAGCCCACAUCCUGGCUCCAAUUCAAUGCCGAUAAACGCGAGCUCUACGGCCUCCCACUGGACGAUGCCGUGUCGCGCUGGCAGUAUCGCCUCUCGGCCACAGAUUCCGGCAAUGCCAGCGUCACGGAGACUGUGGAGAUCAGUGUGCAGCAGCAUCGCGCGGUGCGCACCAUCAAUCAUGAGAUCAGCAUUGCGGUGCGCAUCAAUGAGAAGCACGGCCACAACAUCGACUGGCAGCUGGAGCUUAUAAAGGCCGUUGCGCACACGCUGGAGGAUGGCAACAGCUCGGCGCUGGUGGUGCGCGAGAUACGACAGACGCUGCAGGAUCCGCAGAGCGCCAGCUUUAUCUACUUCAAUGAGACGCUGCCCACCAGUGACUGUCCCGAAACGGAGCUGAAUGAGCUGGUGCAGCGCUUGGAUGUGCAGCGUUUGAAUCAGCUGGUGCAGCCGUUGCUGAGCAUCAAGUCUGUGAUGGGUCAGCUAAUUGGCGCUUGCCAAAAGACUGAGCUAGCCAAAAUAAAGCCCACAACGCACAUGUCCACGAAUUUGCCGCCCAUGCCGCGCAACCAGGUGGAUCGUGUGAAUGCCUCCGUUGGCCAGUUGCUCGUUUACAAGGUGCCCAGCGACACGUUCUACGAUCCCAACGACAAUGAGUUGACGCUCACGCUGAAGACCAAGGAGCACAAGGAGCUCAGCACACGCCACUGGCUGCAGUUCGAUUCGAAGAAUCAGGAAUUCUAUGGCAUACCCAAGAGCGGCGACAUUGGCACCGAGGAGUAUCUGCUCAUGGCCGAGGACAGCGGCGGCCUAACUGCCAACGAUGCGCUCGUCGUUGUCGUCACCCAUACGCCCAAAAAGGACUAUGCCAUACUGUACAAGGCAUAUCUGGCCAUACGCCACGAGAACUUCAAUGCGGAACUGCAGCGUAAAUUUGUGGAGCGCAUUGCCCAGCUGCAUGGCGAUGCCAAUACCAAUCAGAUUUUGGUGCGCUCCAUUACCACGCACCAUGACUCGGAUGGGACAAUUGUCAACUUUUACAAUGCUUCGCUGUAUAAGACGCACAAUCGCUGUCCCGACAAGGAGAUGGCCGCCACGCGCAACAUCUAUCUGAGCAGCGAUAUGAUGCCAAGUCUCAGCGUGAAGAAAGCACUUGGACCGGAGCUAAAUCUGACCAGCUUCACGGUGGUGCCCUCCGGCACCUGUCAUCAUGCGGAGAACAGCGACAUCAGCCAGCACGAGUACAUACCACCGCGCACCAAGGAGCCGAGCCUGAAGCCAACCUUUCCCGAUGAGUAUUUCGCCACCUUCAUACUGCCCGCUGUUAUUAUUGUGGUCAUGAUAUUGCUGGCAUCUAUCGUAGCCUGCUGUUUGCAUAGACGCCGCCACAAGAGCGGCAAAAUGGAAUUGGGCGAUGAGGAGGAGCGUAAAUCGUUUCGGACCAAGGGAAUACCUGUUAUCUUUCAGGACGAGUUCGAGGAAAAGCCCGAAAUAGGCAACAAGAGUCCAGUCAUACUUAAGGAUGAGAAGCCGCCACUGUUGCCGCCCUCGUACAACACCUCCAAUAUGAAUGGUGACAACGAUGUCGAUGAGUAUGUGCCACCGCCGGCUGUGGUGCUGGGUGGACGCGAGGUGCGAGGGAAAUCACCGGCAACGCCCUCAUAUCGCAAGCCACCGCCAUAUGUAUCGCCAUAAAUGUGUCAACAGCAGCAGCAGCAGCAGCAACAACAACAAUAAGAGCAGCAACAACAACAAUAAUCACUAUUAAUCAAUUCUUAACAAAAACAAAAUGAAAAACAAAAACAAUUUACAAUCUUAAUCAAAGAUAUCUUUCGCACCCUCGAUAUCAACGUUAUCAACGUUAACUCAAAAGUUGUUCUGAAUUUGAAUUGAGGUGCAAGUCGACAGCCCCGCCCACAAUUAUGAUAAUAUUUAUGAAACGGUAUUAUGUACGGACACAACUGUAAAACAAUCAAUUAACGAUUUCAAUACGCGACUUGGCUAACAACUUAAGCUAAAACUAAAAAAAAAACUAAACAUUUAAGUAAAACUAACUAUGCUGCAUAUAAUUUAUCUAGUAUGUACCUUAACUUAUAUGUAUACACACACACACACACACACACACACCCACACACACUAACCCACACACUUUAGUAAGCAAGCGAAAGAGCUUGAAAAACACACACACACACACGCGAACCCUUUUAUAGGAGCGCAUUUAAAGCACGUUGAAACGCGGCCAGCCGCUGUUUGACCCAUGCCCUUUGCCCAGGCUCGACCUUUAUGUAUCUAACUAUUUAUUAUUUUUAGUUAUUGUAAGAAUUAAUGUGCAGCUAACAGACGCUCGGCUUGAGCUAUUUAAGCCGAAUUGUUUGGUCCCUAUUUUUGGCCAGUACCGUCCGAAGUGUAGCAGCAACAGCUCACCUGUAAAAUUCUCUCCCCUUCAAAAGCUGGCCGCUGCCCAGGAAAUUUCUAUUUUUCGUUGAGGGGGCCAACACGCUAGCCACAUUCUAUAUGCAGCUUGAACUUGUUGGCCGUCUAGUAUUAUAUCAUAUCAUAUAUUAACAAUGGCAGUCACUUGAGCAGGGGGCAUCUCGCUUCAAUUUUGCAUUUAGUUUUUAAGAAGCAAUCGUUUUUAUAAUGAUUAACUUUUUAAAUUUAUGCUAUACUCGAUACAGCUGCCAAUUGAAUAGUGAGUACGUUCACAAAAUUAAUUUAUAAACAAACAAACAAAGAAACAACUACAAAUCAAAAUAAUAGUACAUAUUCCGAAUUCCUAUAGUUGCCCCACAAGUGCUUCCUCCAUACCACCAAAAUCAAACCCAAAACGUAAUGAUCUACAACAACACACAGACAACACACACGAAAACACACACAAAGUAUAUCAAAUCAUUACUUAAAGUAGCCCCCCUUAGUUAUUAAUUGAUUUUACAAAACCCUAUAUGAUUAGAAUAUACACGUAUUUAUACAUAUAUAUAUAUACUUAAACUUAAAAUUACUUGAGAAGGAACCAUUUGAAUUGUACUAAAAACUGCAUAUUUUAGCUAUGUAGUGAGUAUGUCCAUUGAUUUUUAUAUACGAGACCGUCAUCUAUGUAAGUUAGAGCAAUAUUUUGUCUGAGGAAAAAAAAAACAAAUGAAUGAAAAAACCAUUAUAAGAAACAAAUUACUUAAUGAACAAACGAAAUGGAAAAAGGAAAGUUAAAGAAAAUGCGACCGCAAUGCGGCGUAAAGCCUAUUAAAUUAAGCAUAUAGCAUAUAUGUACGAUUAUGUGUACUAAAUUGAGUAAAUUGUAUAAGCUCAUUAAGCCUAAAAUAUUUACACUGUAUUUUGUAACAACAACAACACACACACACACAACAAUAACGGUAUCAAUUUAUUUUGAAUAAAAAAUGCCAAAGAUAAA